UUAAUUAUCACCCCUUUGACUCCACGACACGCUAUAAUCAUCAUCUUUUCUAGCUUCUAAAUUUCCCCCAAAAUAUAUAUAUAUACUUAUUUAUAAAAAAUCUCCUCGAUGAUGAUUCAUCAUUCUCAAACUCACACCGCCACCGCCAUUGUAUCCAAUCUCCAAAUGCCACUGUCAACUUCCUCCGUCCUCCUCCUCCGCCGUCUCUCCUCUCACCACCACCACCACCUCCGUUUCCGCCGUCUUCUUCCGUCUACCCGUUUAACUUCAGUCAGGGCUUUCUCUUCUAAUGAUACGGAUUCCGAUAUCCAAAUCAACGGCGAAAAGGUCUCUAAUAAGCCUCCGAUAUGUACUGCCGAUGAGCUUCAUUAUGUUUCUGUUCAAAAUUGUGACUGGAAACUUGCCUUGUGGCGUUAUCAUCCUUCUCCACAGGCGAAAUUAAGAAAGCAUCCGUUGUUGUUGUUAUCAGGAGUGGGCACGAAUGCUAUCGGUUAUGAUCUUUCGCCGGAGUCUUCAUUUGCUCGUUACAUGUGUGAACAAGGAUUUGACACAUGGAUUCUCGAGGUUCGAGGAGCUGGUUUAAGCAUACAUGGUUCAAAUCCUAAAGAAAUUGAACAAUCUGCCCAUGCAAUAUCUGAGCAGAUGGAAGCUACUACUGCAACUGGAGUAGAAAGUGCUCGAUUUGAUUCACAACCUUCAAAUAAUAAGGAAAGCGUCCUGACAGAAUCAAGAUUUGCUAUUAUUAAUAAAGACCCAGCAGGACUACCAACUAUCUGGGAGGAUUCGGUACUUGUAACCAAGUUGACUGAAACAUUUAUAACUUUGGCCAAUAGAGUAUCUGGCUUUCUCAGUGAAGGUCAAUCUAGACUAAUUUCUGCAAAAUUGUUUGACCAGUUUUCAAAGCUAGUUGGGGAUUCUUUUCUUGCAGAACGGUUUAAUGAGAUAAAGAAAAACCUUUUAAGUUUGUUGGAAGUGAGACAAAACUCUGCUGUUGCAACCCAGAUAAAGGAUCUGAGUGAAAACCUAAUUAAUAUAAUUGAAGAAGGUCAGCGUACUGUAUCACCCCCAUUGUUUGACUUGCAUGAUCGUUUGAUCACAACCAUUGAAGAUUUUCAAAAUCAGCUGGAGUUGAUUGUCAAAUAUGAUUGGGAUUUUGAUCACUACCUUGAAGAGGAUGUGCCUGCUGCGAUGAAAUAUAUAAAGGCUCAUACUCAACCAGAGGAUGGUAAACUGCUUGCGGUUGGACACUCUAUGGGGGGAAUUUUACUGUAUUCUAUGUUAUCACGAUAUGGCUCUGAAGGACGGGAACCAGAGUUAGCGGCUAUUGUUACUUUGGCAUCUUCACUCGACUAUACAUCCUCAAAAUCUACACUCAAGUUACUAAUGCCACUUGCUGAUCCUGCAAAAGCUCUUAAUGUGCCUAUUAUUCCUUUAGGGGCGAUGCUAACCGCUGCUUAUCCUUUUACAUCUAGUCCUCCGUAUGUGUUGUCAUGGCUUAACCACAUGAUAUCGGCACAAGACAUGAUGCAUCCUGAGCUAUUGAAAAAGCUUGUUUUGAACAACUUCUGUACCAUACCUGCAAAACUUUUAUUGCAGUUGGCAUCAGCCUUGCGUGAGCGUGGUUUGUGUGACCGGAGUGGGAAGUUUUUCUAUAAGGAUCAUAUUCACAAAAUCAAUAUCCCGGUUUUGGCCAUUGCAGGUGAUCGAGAUGCAAUUUGCCCCCCUGAAGCUGUACUGGAAACAACAAAGCUGAUCCCUGAGAAUUUGGUUACAUAUAAACUUUUUGGUGAACCAGAUGGCUCACAUUACGCCCAUUAUGAUUUGGUUGGGGGGCGAUUGUUGCUGAAGUCUAUCCCUGUGUAGUACAAUUUUUAAUCCAACAUGACCAGGAAUGAUUAUAAGUAGCUUUUUAUCAAAGAUCAAUGAAGCGUCCUAUGUUUGCUGCUCCUUUUGUUGGAAUGUAUAUAGCCCGUGAAUUAUUCUUGUAUAAUCUGUUCAUAGCUGAAUGUUUUUUGAAUUUAUUGGUAAAUUUGCUGAAUGAAGAGACCGGUAGAAAGGUAUUAUUUGAAGCAAAGAGAACGUGAAUUGUUUACUCA